AUGGAAUAUCCCACCAAUAUUGUGCUAUUAUUGCUACAAAUAGUGUUAGAGGAACAAGAGAAACUAGCUCAUAGAAAUAAAAAAUUUAAACUUGAUGACUUGUUGACAGAGCCACUUGUCGAUGCAGUGGUCCUAGAAAAGGUAGUACGUCAUCCACUGGUACAUAUGUAUUCCCCAGAUAUUGAGAAUACAACGUUGAGAGGACUUAAGUCAAUUGUGAGGGAUAUCUUUGAUCAAGGAAUAGAUGAGAGCUCCAAUACUAAAAACGAAGAUUCAACACCUGUAACUUUGAUCACAUUAGCAAAUUAUUACUAUGCAAAACGCAUACAUGAGUUGGAAGGCACCUUACCAAACAUGAAAGAUCAAAUACAAGAAAAGUUAGCAGAGAUUCAAUAA